AUGGGUCUUGGGAUUUAUUUUUGUGGGAGCAUCAGGGGUGGGAGGCAGGAUGUGGACAUUUCCUGUCGGAUUAUCAACGAGUUGAAGAAAUUUGGACGAGUUAAUUCUGAGCAUAUCGGCAACCCGGAUUUAGUGGAGAAAGGUGAAGAUGGAGUGAAGCCUGGAGAUAAAUACAUCAACAAUCAAGAUUUGAAGUGGCUACAGGAGGCUAAUGUAAUAGUGGCAGGGGUUAUCCAACCUUCCUUGGGUGUUGGUUAUGAAAUUGGAAGGGCUGUAGCUAAGAACCAGAAGAUUCUGUGUCUGUUCAGAUCAUCAUCAAAAUAUGUUCUUUCAGCAAUGAUCUGA